AAGAAGACAAACAAGGCGGAAGUGUUGUGAUGAGGAAGUAGUGUUUUGUACAUCAGAAACUGUUUGGGUCCUCUUUGGUCAGAAAGGGUCUUUUUUCCCUUCCCUAACAUUGUAUUUGCGCUGCUGUCUCUGUGUCAUCCAGAAUGUCUAAGAACACCGUUUCUGACCGCUUCAGGAAAGUAGAUGUAGAUGAAUACGACGAAAACAAGUUUGUGGACGAGGAGGACGGCGGUGAGAACCAAGGAGGUCCAGACGAAGCAGAAGUGGACUCUCUUCUAAGACAAGGGAACAUGAUUGGAGCUCUCCAUGCUGUACUGAAGAACCCUCCAAUCAAUACCAAGAACCAGAAUGCUAAAGAACGAGCGGAGUUGCUGGUGGUCAAAGUUCUUAGCAGUUUUAAGAGUAGUGACAUAGAAAAAGCUGUGGGCUCACUUGACAAAACAGGAGUAGACCUGCUGAUGAAAUACAUCUACAGAGGGUUUGAGAAACCAUCUGACAACAGCAGUGCUGUCCUGCUGCAGUGGCAUGAAAAGGCUCUGGCAGUGGGUGGAGUUGGCUCCAUCGUCCGAGUCCUGACUGCAAGGAAGACUGUCUGAUCCCCAUAAUCUGCAUGUUUGUCAUUACUGGUGUCCUUUUAAGAAACUGGAGCUGUGUGUCUUUCUGAUGCAUCACUUUGUUUUUUUCUGUUUUCACUCCUCUGGAAUUCAGAAGGUGCUGGCACCUCAAAUUGUACUCUGCCAGCAGUACAAAUGUCCACUUUUCUUCUUAAACACAAAAGAGCACCUUGCUGCUGCUCAGCUACAUCACUGAAUCAUUCUAACUCACCCCCAGCUAUCCCUGUCCUUAACUCUACUCUUCUGUGGGUCUGACUCCUUAAGAUGAGUUGAAUGGCUUUUGGCCAGUGCAUGCUGGGACUGAACUUCAUUUUUACCUCAAAUUAGAAUGUUUGAGGUAAACUUUGAACAACUUUCAGUCCUUUAUAUUCUACUUCAGUCUUCACAAAAACCACUUCCAUGUGGCACUAUUCUGUAAGUGAUUUUUUAUAUUUGGAAUAAACAAAAUAAAGAGCUAAAUUUUAA